AUAUUUUUUUAUAUAAAUAUGUUGUUAAAUUUAAGUAUUUUAACACUAAAUGUUUGGGGAAUUCCUUUUCCUUUUAUCUCAAAGGACCGUGAGGUACGAAUAGCCGCAAUAGGCUUAGAGCUUAGUUCAGGCAAAUAUGAUAUAGUUUCUCUACAAGAAGUUUGGUCUCGUAAAGACUGCGAAACCCUGAAAAACGCUACCCAGUCAGUAUUACCUUACGCUCACUAUUUCUACAGUGGUGUUAUAGGUUCAGGCCUCCUGGUAUUGUCUAAAUAUCCUAUUUUAAGCUCUUUCUUUCAUCCUUGGAGUGUUAAUGGUUAUUUUCACCGUAUUCAGCAUGCUGAUUGGUUUGGGGGCAAAGGAGUUGGUUUAUGUAGAAUCCUCGUGGAUAAGCAUGUAGUACAUCUGUACAAUACUCAUCUUCAUGCGGAAUAUAAUAACAACAAUGAUGAUUACAAAACUCACCGGGUAAUUCAGGCUUUCGAUACAGCACAGUUUAUUCGGGCAACAAGAGGUGACUCUGUUCUACAAGUUCUUGCGGGAGACUUAAAUGCUCAACCUCAUGAUUUGACAUACAAGGUUCUCUUGUAUACAUCAAAAAUGAAAGAUUGUUGCAAUUCUAAAAAUAUUGUAACAAAUGAAUAUCAAAAAAAUUCCUAUACUGCUUCUAAUGCUAUUAACAAUAUGUCACCUGGAGUGCAUAUUGAUCAUAUAUUCGCAAGAAGUCCUGAAAAUAUUGCUCUUUCUAUUAUUGACUAUGGACUGCCGUUGACCGAACCUGUACCUGGCCAAAAUUUCAGCUAUUCUGACCACGAAGCUGUAUUAGCAAAGUUGCAUUUAAGAGAUGCUGAACAUUGUAUUGGGGAAGGAGCAUGUAUUGUUUCUUCUAGAAAUAAAGAGCAUCACAUUAGCGAAGAAGCGGCGUUUAAAACUGACGGAUGUCUUAUAUCGAAACGUGUAGCUGUUUUGCAUGAAUCAAUAUCGUUAUGCGAAACAUCACUAGAUCAACUGAAUAUAGAUCGUAUAUUUUACUACAGUGUCGCUGUUAUUCUUGCGUUUAUUUUAGUAGUUUUCUUGGAAUAUCCAUCUCCAUUAGGAUUUAGAACAUUGUGCAUAAUAUUGAAACUCUUCAUAUCAGGUGGUCUAUUAUUUUGUAUUUUCAUGGGAUCUGUGUGGAAUUACAUGGAAUGGAAUGGUGUAUUAUCUGGAAAAGUAGCCAUGGAGUUAAUGUUGCGGUCCAUUGAAGUUUUUGAAAGCAUACCAAAGAAUUGAAACUAAAAGUUGGUGACCGUACGUUUCUUGGUUAAAACUAUAUUUAAAAGACACAUUAAUUUAUUCCAACUACAUAAAUAAGCUCAAAAUGCAUUUAUUAUUGAAUUACGUAUAUUAGAUUGGUUCUCAUAAUGUAAACGUAUGUAUGUAUAUGUGACUAAGUACAAUGAAUAAAAUGUAUACAUAACUAUA